AUGACUACUGAUUCCCGCAUUGCCACUGUCAAGAAACUUCUAGAGGACCCCGAUCUUGACUACGCGGACCUCGACGUCCGCCGGGACGUGUAUGACUCGAUCACAUAUGAUAUAGUGCCUAAAGCGCCACGCGAUGCUUGUCCCCCACUGCGUGUUUUGAUCUACGCAAUUCGGAAUAUCAUGGAACCCUCUUUCGUAGAGUCUCAGACCAUGGAUCUCAUCAACCUUCUGGCCCACGUUAACGUUAUUCGAACAUUUGCCGUCGACAAAGCUCAAAUUGUUCUCCAGUGGAACAGAGUCUACACACACACUGUAACAUCGGAAGUUCGUACUUUGUCACUUAACGAUUGCGACCUUCUGCAUUCCCUCAUCGUCGAACAUGAGGAGGUGGGUAGAAUCUACGGCAAAAUCAUGAAUGCCUGUUUUCGACACGAUAUCUACUAUUUACUUCUCUCUGGCGAUGCCAGUCAGACUAAGUCUCGUUUGAACUUGUACUUCCCUGGCCAAUUUCCUCAGUUCGCAAGCAGGACGCCACCCGACGAUGCGGCGAUUCAACACCUCCAUCAACAUGAUCUCGCUUCUGAAGAUCACCAAGUGACGCGAAUGACCGGCAUGCAUUGUGCCAAGCUUGUCAAUGAUGCCACUCGCUUCAUGCGAGACCCCAAGAAAUUCUGUGCAGAGUUAGGGGUACCGCUCGGUUCUUUCAGCGCGAUGUUCCCACCCCCGGACGAGUCGGUCCUUAUCGAUUCAGUGCGAUGGUAUCUCCAGAGGGUGGAUCAGCUGGUCUCGGCAUUAACACAACUGUUUCCCGGACAAUACGUGGACAAUUUUGACCAGCAGACAUAG